AUGUUCAUUCAAGUACAAGAAACACCAAAUCCUAACAGUCUGAAGUUUGUACCUGGUGUUCAAAUUAUGGAAUCUGGGACUGUAAAUUUUGAAAAUGCUCAGUCUGCAGUUGGAUCACCUUUAGCAAGGUAUGAUCAUGCAAGUUCUUUAUAAGGCUACUGACUUUUGUCUACUUAAACCUAAGCCCUAUGAGCAUGGUCUUUGCAAGUUUAACAAAUUGAACUGCAAUGUGCCCAAAUGAGAUUUACUAAAGUUAGGAUAUGAGAAGUAAUAUUCCUAAUAGAUUUACCAAGUUUUCUCCAUAGGCAUCAAGCACUGGAUGAAAUGUCUCGAGGCCUGUGUUUCCUUUACAGCUAGCUGUUGUAAUAUCAUUCUUCAAUAUCCUAAAUAUAUCCUUCAAUUACAUUAGUUCAAUUGAGUGACACGCCCAAAGUUUCUGAUAUUUACCCAUAUACCUUCGGCAUCACCUUGGCAUAAAUACAUGAACUUGUGAUUAGAGGUCCAUAACUGGACUGGAAUUGCAGGGCCACAGGUUCAAUUCCUGCCCUAACUUAUAGUAAGUUGCAUUUUUCACAGCUGUUCCUGGUUAGGUCUGAAUAAAUGUAUAAAUUUACACUCAAAAUUUCCAUCUAGUACUAAUGUCAUUCAAAUUGAGUGCCAUGCUCAAAAUUCCUUUUAUUUCCAUUACUUUGCUUUUCAAACUUGUAGACAGCUGUUUACCAUCGAAGGAAUAACAGGUGUAAUGUUCGGCACUGAUUUCAUCACAAUAACUAAGGUAACUUCUAAAUAAAGUGCAUUUGCCCGGCCUCUUAAGUGGCAAUGUGACACACCAAUUUUACUCAUCAAGGGGAGAGUGCUGCCACUCAAUGGGUAAUAGUUGUCCAACUCAAUGUCACUGCAUGAAAAAUGGCAGUUGCAUGGAAAAUAGUGCACUAUAUGCGAGAUUAAUGGGUUAAUUCCACUUAAACCUCACCACUCCAAUGAUACUUUUAUUUUAUAGACGAAUGAUGAUUGUGUGGACUGGGCUCCAAUAAAACCAAACAUAUUUGCAACAGUGAUGGACUUCUUUGCCAGCAAUCUGCCAAUAUUUACUGAUGAACAGCCGAGAUCUGAUACAGGUUUGUGACAAAGUCACUGAUAGAGGUGCUCAGGUUGGAUGCGUUGAGGCUUAGGGCAUGAAGAAGCUGGUAUGAAAUGGGAUAUUAGGGUGUUAUCAUGCAUUGGAAGCCUUAUACUCACUCUGAAAUAUAAAUUUGGGUCAUUCAUGAGAAGAAAUGUAAUAAAUUAUUACAAGACAACUAGACAAGUUGUCACAAAAUAUUUCAUGUAAACUAUGUAAAUUGGAUAAAAUCCAAUAAAUAGAAAACAUGAUUAGGCGAAAUUCAACUGCCCGAAGUUUUGCAAACAUCUCUUAGUAUAUAUCAAUUCAAAAGUGCCCUUUCACGAAAAUCUGCCCCCCUUGCCUUCACAUCGUUCCGGCGUCCCUGCCUGAAGAUGUGAAUUUGAUUUUUUGUUGUACUCUGGAUUUGAUGUCAUUAGAUAAUAUUUUUAUCAGAUCGAUAAAAAGAAAUUUUGACAGUGAAAAAGUUGAUCAAAAUGAGUUUUUUUUACUAUAACGAUAGUACUUUUCUACUUAGACUGCACCAAAUAUAACAUAUACCAAAAAUCAUUUGUGGGAUCCCAUUGUUGAUGGGAUCCCAAUCAUGCUCUUUUUCCAGCAAACGUCCCUUCCGUAUUCUCAUAUAAACAUGUCGUUAGCACAAAUUUACAGUUAGAUAUAAACACUAGCUGCCAAUUAAACAACGCCACAAAAACAACAACGUCGUAUAUUUAGAGAUAUUAGAAGAUGAUGAUGAGACAGUUGCAAUGAUAAAAGAACUAAUUGAUACAAGAAUAAGGUAAAUAUCAUGGAUGUAAGCGGAAUAAUUAAUUAUCGUAUGUAUAGGUAUUAUAGAAUGAAUAUUAUAUAAUAACUACAGUGAAACACGCAAUUUGAUUGGUUAAUAGCCGUGGAGGAUCAGGCUAUCCUGCACGAGGAAUUAAAAUGCCUUCGCGGGAUUUUCGCGGGAUUCACAAAAUGUCAUUGUUUCACUGUAGGUAUUUUAUAAAACAAUUACCAAAUGGUUUUCCAAGCAGGAUAGCGUGAUCCAUGCACUUGAGAUGUUGCUCGACUUUCGGAAAGCGUAAAAAUACACUCGCCUACGGCUCGACAUCCCUCGUGCAUGGAUCACGCAAUCCUGCACGGAAAACCAUUCGGUAUUCCUUUAGUAUAGGGCUCUCAAAACGUCCGAAUAAUAAACCAAUUCGAAAAAUGGUUGUUAGCAAAGAAGACUGACUAGUCUCGUUUUGCAUGGUGCUUCUCGCACAUUUCAAAGAGCUAUAAUUUCGCUUACAUGAUUGGAUUGUUUUCGAUUGUAAACUCCUGCACUUUGCUUUAAAUAGCAGUCUCUGCUAAAAAUGGUUUAUUAGCCUGGUAAUGCAUAAAAUGUACAAUAAGGCAAAGUUGUGGCGGCUAGUAGUAGAAUCGGUCAACCGAUGGGCCCGUCGACAAAUGAGAUUUCACCGCAAAUAUGCGGGUGGGGGUUAGCUUAGAAUCCGCAAAUGUUUGAAAAAUUGAGACAAAAACAGAUUUUUCUGGAUUAGCUUGACAUUAAAUGGCCAACGAUAAGGGUGGGGCGACGAUAAGGUAAGGUUGGGACAACGAUAAGGUAAGGUUGGGACAACGAUAAGGUAAGGUUGGGACAACGAUAAGGUAAGGUUGGGACAACGAUAAGGUAAGGUUGGGACAACGAUAAGGUAAGGUUGGGACAACGAUAAGGUAAGGUUGGGACAACGAUAAGGUAAGGUUGGGACAACGAUAAGGUAAGGGUGGGGCAAAGUAUAAAUGUAGUUAAUCACGCGUGUGGAGUAUUUUUGUUGUCCUAAAUUCCAAUAUCGUUUCUUUCCAUUUAGACCCACAGUUCAAGAAGAUGGUGGAGACAUCAUAUUUAAAGUAUGUAUUUGUGAUGCGAAACAUAAUCCUUAAAUAUUAUAAAAUAACAUGUAUAUAACGCGUAUUCUGAUUGGUCGAAAGCCGUGUUUGGAUCAGGCCAUCCAAACACGGAAGACUACCGUGUUGUUGUUAUUUUAUAAAACAAUUACUUUAUGGUUUCCGUGUUUGGAUGGCCUGAUCCAAACACUUGGGAAUGUUGCUCGAGUUAAGAAAAGCGGGCAAAAUCACUCGCCUUCGGCUCGUGAUUUCGCUCGCUUUUCUUAACUCUCGCAACAUUCCCGCGUGUUUGGAUCAGGCCAUCCAAACACGGAAACCAUAAAGUAAUUGUAUAUUGCUCACUUUUCAUGUCAUCGUUUGUUCUAGGGAUUUGAGAAUGGAGUUGUGAAACUUAAAAUGCAAGUAAGAUUUUUAUGUAUAUCACUUAUUUAAGUACUGAUGACGUUCAUGCGUUACUAAAAAUAGGAAUACCAAAUAAUGUAAAGACCUACAGUAUUAAGAAUGAUUGUAGCCGUUUAAUCCGCGUCUACUGUGUAUCCGGCGCACGUAAAAAUCUCAACGAUUUAACGUCCUUAUCCGAGAAGACGCGCAAGUCUAACCAUUUACUCAUAUCAAUGUAAAGAUAGCACUUUCUCCUCAAUUAUAAUUUUAAGACCGACCAAGGAGUGAACCCGGGUCUCCCAGCUUUUGAAAGCCAAAAACGACCACGAGUGCUGGUUAGCUAACAAGUUUGUUGAGUCAACAAGUCAUUGACAACUUGUCAUCAUGCUGGGGACAAGCAGUGUGAGCACAUCCUGAUGAUAAGUUGUUGAAACAGUAUUGUUAAAGUCCGCUACAGGCUUUUACGUGUGAAUUCCACAUUUGUGUUAAUACAUCUUUUCAGGGAGCGUGUUCCACAUGCCCAAGUUCCAUAUUCACUCUGAAGAAUGGGAUAGAAAAUAUGCUUCAGUUUUACGUUCCCGAAGUAAACUCGGUUGAACAGGUAACUAUAGUAUUAGUCUUAUCCCAAGCUUCAUCGCCAGGGUUUUGUUUUUAAUUUUAAGCAAUCCUACGCUUUAAGCUGAUCUUCCUAUAUAAUCCCAUCCACUAAUUUAAUCCCAUAUAUGCAACAUCCUUGAUCUGAUCCAGCACUUAGGCCUGAUCCAGUAUCGAAGAUCACACGAGACAAUUUUCGCUGCAUCUUGAAACACAAUUUCAUAUUGUAACCUUUCUUGAAGCACAAUUUCACAUUCUCAUUUCGUCUUGAAACACAAUUUCAUAUUCUUAUUUCACACGAGACAAUUUUUGCUGCAUCUUGAAACACAAUUUCACAUGCCACCCUUCCAACGAGCUUCCAACACUUUCUUUCUCUAACAGACUCUUAAGGGAUGCAACAUAAGAAAUUCGAUGAAAAAUGUCGGCAGGAAUAGUGGGCCACUGUGACUACCUUUUACUAGAUAACGUAAUCCAUGCCUUCGUGUCAGAAAUUGCGUUGCAAAUUGAAUAUCUAAUUGCCUGGUAUAAUAAAAGCAAUUCACUCAUCGCAAAAACCAACUUACAAUCUCGCUGUGAGUACUGACAUCACAAUGCUCCACAGUUUAUUUUGAUUAAAUGCAAACUCUCAAGAGAGAGCAUAUGUGGGUAAUACGCUCAUGAGAUACAUGAAAAAGACAUCUGUAAUAGCUUUAUCUCUGACUCUGUACAAUAUAUUUAGGUUGAAGACGAAGUUGAUGAAAUCAACAAAGAAGAAUUUAAAAAGUUUGAGGACAAACUUGACGGAACCUAG